AUGGCGUCCACCAAAGACAUCGCUCGAUCCGUGCCUGAGCGGCCGUCCUGGUUCAUCUCGCCCAGCGAUAUCACCGGCCGCUCCAUCCAACCCAUCGGCCGCGGUGGCCUUGGCGAGGUCUUCACCGGCACAUACUUUGGCUCCAAGGUCGCCAUCAAGCAGCUCCUCGGCACUUGCAACAUCGACCAGCUCAAUGAAUACCGUCAUCGGAUCGAUCUCUGGAAGCAGCUCAGUCACCCUAACAUCCUGUCGCUGCUCGGUGCCUGCGACCAAGACGACGACGGCAAUCCGAUUCCUCCCUUCAUGGUCUCGCCGUUCAUGCCCAACGGCACCCUCCUUGAUCAUGUUGCCAACAACAAUGUCCCACUGGAGGAGAAGCUCCGUCUACUCCACCAAGUGGCCGCGGGGAUAGCAUAUCUCCAUGAUCACAAUGUCGUUCAUGGCGGGCUCAAGGCUGCAAAUGUCCUGCUCGACAGUGGAGCCAAUGCUGUCGUCAGCGACUUUGGGCUGUCCCGCAUCAAACAUACAUCCACCUUGACGGACCGCAGCCGAAACAGCAGCUACGGCGCCCCCGAGACGCUUGACGACGAUGAACUCGGCGACACCACCAUGAAGACCGAUGUAUAUGCCUUCGCCAUUACCACGUACGAGGUGCUCAACGAUGCCAAACCCGUGUGGAUCACCGACGACGGAGAAGCGCUGCAAGACCAAGCAAUUGAGCAAACAGUCGACCAUGGCCAAAGACCCCAGCAGAUCGACGGCAUUCCCAAUGACAUCUGGACCCUCAUCGAGCGCUGCUGGGCCCAAACCCCUGCCGAUCGACCGACUUUCGAACAGAUCGCUGCUGCUCUCGAC